AUGUUGCCCUCUGUUUGUACAUCAAGAGUAGUUCCCCUUGAGUUUCAAAAUAGGAAUCGAAAGACGAAAAGAAAAUAUCAUUACAAACAUGGGGACAAGGCAAAGAGGUAACCAUCUAAGUAUGUGUCCCUCAUCAUUGACAACAUGGACCAAAACAAGACAAACCUUCCUGUAUUUCCAGAACAAUCAAAGAUUGAUGGCAGCCUGGCACAUGUCAAGCACCACGUGACUGGUGUUGUCGAUCAUGGAAACCGAGCAGCCCAUGCUGUUGUCUGGAAUACAUGUAUUCCAGGCGAUGCAAAUGUAACUUGUACAGUGCUUCUGUAUGUCCUCACUGAACCAUGGGCAUCUACCAGAAAUUUACGAGCCGACAAUUCACCAAACGAUAACAAGAACAAGACCGUACUGUAUGUUUUGGCAUUGUUAGUCAAAUUGAAAAUCUUCAAAAAGGUGAAACUUUCAUUUCUCAUGGUGGGCCACACUCAUGAAGAUGUGGACCAGCUGUUCAGCGUGUUUGCAAGGGAGCUAAGACAGAAACCUGCUGCAACACGUGAUGCUCUCCUGCAAGUCCUUGCCAGCAGUAACGACCCAAAGCCCACUGCUACUGUACUGGAUGGUGUUUGGGACAUGAGGCAGUUGUUUAUCAACUGUCAUUCACCUAAACGACACAAGGAGGCACAUGUGUUUGUGUUCAGAAUGGAGGGGUCCUCAGUCUCCAUGCUUUAUAAAGACUGGCCACUGAAAAGUGAAACCUACAGAAAGGUGUCAUUAGAUUUCAAGGUUGACCUGUCAACACUCACACCUGUCACUCUGGACAAGGAAAAGGUAGAUGACACCUGUAAAGCCAUGGGGAGAGACUUGGCCAAAUGGGUGUCAUCUACCAGGCUGUCUGAAGAGGAAGGCUUGUGGUGGGUGUCCUACAUUAAAAAGAUGGGGGACAUUCACACACCGGCCAUCAAGCUGUCCGACUUCAAGCCCUUCAUGCCUGCCCCAAGGGAAGAGAACACCCUCCCAAGAAAUGUACAAGAGGCAAUAGAGAGAAGCAAUGAAAAAAUGCAGAAGCAAUCAAAGGUAUUUUCAUUGAGUUCCAAUUGUAUCACUUACAAAGCACAGAAGAUCAAGCCUCAGCGGAACUCUGAGAUGGUGGCCUGA